UGCUAAAAUUGUUAUCUCAGUGCACCAGUUCAGAGCCAGUUCUCCAAGAGAUAACUACGAUAACGCUCGCCCAACUCAGGUUCCUGCAAGAGGAAUACACCAAUCUUCUAGUAGCGAACCAGUUCGACGACGGAACGACAAGACUGCUCCAGACGCUUCAGCAGAACCCGGCAGCGUUUACUCCUGGCGCUCUGGAGAAUCUUCAGCGCGCAGUGACCAUCGCGGGAGCACGUUAAAACCGCCAGGUCAGUGGCCCUGGCAGGUUUCGGGGCCGGGGAUCGUUUUUCGCGUCUGCCGGACGGGGUUUCCGUCCAGACCUGCAGGGCCAGCGCACCGGCCCGGCUGGCUCCGGCGCCGGGCCGGCUGACUGGAGAUAUCGCCGCGGGCGGUACGGAGCAGCAGCAGGGCCGCGCGACCUCGUGCCCCGUGCGCAGCCGGAUGACGUCACAGGGGCCUGCGCGGCGGACUAGCGCGCACGCCACGUCAGUGAGAGGGGCACACGUGGAACGAAGCCAUGUUUUGGUCGGCCGAGGCGAGAGAGGAUCUGACGUGGUGGAUCCAGUCGUUGGACGGGUGGAACGGCCGGCUGCUGGUGCCGCCGGCUACAUGCGACUUUCAGCUCUGCACGGACGCAUCAGGAACAGGCUGGGGUGCGACCCUUUCCGCGCCUGUCGGCCAAACCGCCUCAGGCUUCUGGGGGUCAGAGGAUGAACUUGGAAUAUCUUAAAUGUCGAAGAAUGCUACCAACCUCAUCUGCUGGCCUGUAGAUCAUGUCAGCAAAGCAGAAUGGAGAUCUUCAUGAAUCUGUGAAUGAAGUUAUUCAUUCUUACUUGAAGAGAAGAAACUUAUGUGCCGAGUCUAAGGAGGGAGAGCAGGGCACCCAGCCGCUCGGCGAGCUGGCCGCCGACUCUGUGGCCGAUGCGGCCGCCAGCGCGGCUAACGUCAUGCUGAACAGCGCCGCGCAGAUGGAGCCUACAGCCGCCGAUACACAGUUUGCAAGGUUCCGUGAGUGGGUGCAGGAGUCGCCGGCGCCGUACCAGGCGGCGCUGCAGCCGCUGCUCGCACCCGUGUUUGUCGGCCUGCACAUCGAGCUGGUGCUCGGCGGACACAGUCCUGCCAGGUUCUACGCGCGCCACCACGGCGCGCUGCUGGGCGACCCGGGACACCAGUCGCUGCUGCCGGAGCUGGCCGCAGUCAGCACCGCCGACCACCUCGAGAGGCCGCCGCUCAAACACUUCCGCCGCAACCCGCCGGAUGUGUCGCUCUCGCCGGAGUGCUCCGAGUACCUGCGGCGCUCGCUGCGCAGCAGUCAGCUGACGCUGGUCCUGCAGACGCUCAGCCAGCACGUGCGGCUGAGCGGCUGCGCGGGCCGGCCGGCGCCGGAGGCCGAGCCGGACCGCCGCGGCCGGCGCCGCUACCUGACCGGCUCCGGACCGCCCGGCGGUCUGCAGCGACUGACAGCGGCCGCCGAGGACUGUGACCUGGCGCGCGCCGGCCGCCGGCUGCGUGCCGAGCCGCCGCCGCCGCCCACCGUGUGCGCCUACCGCGUGCACCGGCCGCUGACGUGCGCGGUGGCGGCGCCGCGGCUGGACGCCCUGGUGACGGCCGGUGACGGCGGCGCCUCGGUCUGGGCGCUGACCGCCGACGGCCUGCCGGGCCGGCCGAACGCGGCGGCGCGGCUGCCGCUGGCCGGUGACGACGGCGCGCCACCGGCCGCGGCCGCCGGCGCACCCAGCCGACACCUGCGCGCCCACGCCGGGCCCGUGUUCGACAUGGUGUUCGAGCCGACCGGCGGCCUGCUGCUGACGGCGGGCGAGGACACGACCGUGCGCGCCUGGGACCCCAGCAGCUGGAGCAACGUCGCCAUUUACAGGGGCCACAGUUACCCGGUGUGGAGCGUGGCCUGCCAGCCGCGCUCCUCGGUCGCCUGCAGCCACUACUUUGUCACCGGCUCCAUGGACCGGACGGCGCGCCUCUGGAGCUACGACCGCACCCACCAGCUGCGCAUCUUCGCCGGACACUCGCAGGACGUGGACUGCGUGGCGAUGCACCCGAACGGCAACUACGUGUGCUCGGCGUCUGCGGACGGCACGGUGCGUCUCUGGUCGCUGACGGACGCCGCCCAGGUGCGCGUGCUCUCCGGACACCGCGGCAUCAUCCACAGCAUGCACUUCUCGCCGGACGGAAAACGGCUGGCCGCGGCCGGCGAGGACCAGCAGGUGCGGGUGUACGACCUGGCGUGCGGCGCCAUGCUGAGCGAGCACUCCGGCCACCUGGCGCCCGUCAGCCGCCUGCUCUGGACGGCCGACGGGCGCACACUCGUCUCCGCCGACCAGGACGGCGUCAUCAACGUCUGGAAUCUCGCCCACAACAGCGACGCCGACGCGUCACCGGCGUUCAGUUUCGUGUGUGCCGGCUCGGCGACCGUGGGUCUGCAGCAGGCGCCGCACAACUACCUAGUGGCCGUGUACGGCGACCCCUGCUGACGCCGGCCCCGGCCCGCCGCUGCCUCUUGGCUCCGGCGCUCCGGCGCUUCUCUGUCGAUCGUCUGUGGAGAUGCUUCACAAAUGCUGGUGGUAUCAUGUGUGUCAUAUCAUUGGAGUUCACAUAUGCAUUUGAGCAUGGAGCAGCUUCCCAGUGUAAGCUACGUAUAGGAUUAUUUGUACUUAAGUUAUAGUGUUUCAACAUAGUCUCAUGAUGUUCAUAGGCUCAAAAUGCAUCGAUAAGACUGUCAUCAUGUGUUCUUAAACUGUAUGUCGAUAACGCGCGCAAUGCGCACAGUAGCGGCGGAACACCUUCAGUUAAGGGGGGGGGGGGCACUGCCGACUUUUGGUCCCAUUCUUUCCAUGCAACUCCCAUAGGGCUAAUGUUAAUGUCAAAAUCAAAGGAGGGCACGGUGCCCCGGUGCCCUCCCCGUUCCGCCGCCUAUGAAUGCGCAUACACAUUUGCAUCCUACGCACACUCACGGGCCUGGGCAUUCGCCAAUUGUUUCAAGCAUGGGCACUAGGGUACACUAGGCGACUAUAAUUAUAGCCGAAUAUGGCCGGAUUAUAGCCGACUAUAAUUAUAGCCGAAUAGUUGUGGUAAUGGCUCGAAAUAAACACAGGCAAAAUGUUA